AAUGUCGUUCCAUCCUCAUCCUGUCUCGUCUUCUCAGAUUAGCUCUUUCUUUGGGAUCUGAUUGUGAUUUCGAUAAUCCGAAUGAUUGAUUGUACCCACUGAUCAGCUCAAACAUCUCUGCAAUUCUUACGAGUAGAUUUGGCCAUUUUCUUUUACCGGGUAGCUCUUCGGUUAUAAGGGUUUCGAAGAGCCUAAAUAGAAAGAUAUAAUGCGGCUGAGCUCCGAUCUACUCCUCUCUUUGGUUCCUUCGUUGACUUUCUAUCAUUCUUCUAAUCGUUUGAAACCUCUCGAAAAGAGUGAUUGGCGUGGUAAUCUUAGUUGAUCUUUCCCUCCCUUCUCGUUUUUUUCUUUCUCUUAGAUCCCUUUGUUCCAUCUCCACCUUGGUCUGGUUCUAAAAGCUAAUUGAAGAAGAGAGCUUGUGAUCUCUCCUUGUUAGGCAGUGACCGUUCUUAAGUUAUUGUUUUUGCUAUAAUUGGAUAUGAGCUCAGUCUGUGGUGGGUUGGAUUACAAAGAUGCAGAGUCGAGCAGCUCUGCUUCUAGUUCUAAUAAUGGCUCGAAUCAUAUCUCUGGUACUGGAUCUGACGAUGCUCAAGAAUCUGAUGGGGAUGAUAGUGGUGGUUAUAUACACCAAUAUGUGAAUGAAGACUCCAAAUACAUCAUCAAACCGAUUCUCAAUUCUUCGGUUGAUGAUGGUGAAGGUGAAGACAAGAACCUUGCCACCGCUGAGAGUAUGACCGCUGUUACCGUCAUCCCAGCCAUUAAAGGCAGCCGAGAGAAGUAUGGCAAGUCCCUGGAGAAGCUGAGUGUGUCAUGGGCUGAAGAUGUGUAUGAUCCUCCACCCUCCCUUGUAUCUCACACGAGGAGCAAGAAACUGCAACCGCAGAAAUCAAAGAGCAGAGAUAGCUUGAAGAAGAAUGGAAAGAAGGGGCAAAAGGGGAGCAGCAAUUCUUCAUCUUCAUCAUCCCGUGGCAGCAAAGACAAGAAAUCUUCUUCUUCUCGCAGCAAACACAGUCGUGAUAAUAAGUUCGGAUGGGCCACACAAACGUCUAUUGUAGCCGCAUCUUCUUGAAUUGUCUGUGGCAUGAAUGACGCACGUGCGUCUUCCUUACUGCUUUGUCUCCUCUCUCUCUCUCUUGUUUAUAUAUAAAUAAAAAGCUAUGGUGUGAAAACUUCUUGAAUUGUUUCUCUUGUUACAAGAGUUACCACUAGUUUUGUAAACCUUGUGAUGUUGUCGGAUUUCAAGUUUAAAAAUUAUCGUAAUCAUUUUGAUAA